AUGGUCUCACAAUGCAAGCAACACGAGACCAGUGUUGACAGCCACAGUUUUGCCGAACCAAGCCAGCCCAUAAUCUCUUCGCCUGCCGAGGCCUCAACUUCAGACUUCUACCGCCUUAAGUUCUCUCUCAUCUCCGGCAGUCCAAUCCAGCUCAUUAAGGCUCAGUUGCGCUCGCGCUCGAUUCCGACCAUGUGCAACGCAGGAGUUGACAUGUCCAUCUCAUCUCAAACUGGUAUCUCGAGGCUCAUGGCUGGAGCCUUCCGCAGCGCUCCAUUCGUGCUUCAGCACCACGAACUAGCUCUCCGAGUCCCGUUUGGGAUGGCGAUGGCACAAAUUGCUCAAAUAAGUACUCAAAUAAGUCAGUUCAGGUCGCUUAAAGAUGAUUUGCAGGAGAUUUCUGGGCAGCCGGAGAUUAUCUCCAAAGAACCUGUCGAUCCGAUGGGUGAAAGUCUACAAUAUGAACACUUGCUGAAAUACCUGAAAAACGACACUCUCUAUUCGUUGAACUUUGGUGUCUGCAACGAGGAUGCCUGUACCCAAGAACCCAUCUUUUAUGGUUACACGCAACAACAAUCUGAACCCAAGCUGGAGGUGAAAGCUGAUCCGAUCUCCGCCUCUCUCCUGAUGGCGCGCGGCUCAGUCCUGACUACUUCGAGCUCAAUGCUCCUCAGAUCCAUUCGCCUGCGACAUACCGGAUCAACCGAUUUUUAA